AAGUGUGGUCUCAGCAAGUCAUUGUCAAUUCGCUUGUCGCGGUCGCUGGUCGCAAAUGUUUUUAUAGUCUCUACGUGCAUACAUACGUUUGGUUGCUUCAGUUAUGAAGCCAACGGACUUGGAAGAUGUUCUCCAAAAAUUCGCCAUUUUUGGUAGAUACCACAGGGAGUUAUUAUUAUUUGUAGCGUUAGCAUACGCUUCUAAUGCCUUGUAUUGUUCAAACUUUAUCUUCGCUGCCGAGGAAGUGAAAUAUCGAUGUGCGGACGAGAGUUUUGGAAACAACACGUGCAGUGCAGAUUCCACAUGCACAGAGUGGGUUUACGAAAAUCCAAACACGUUUGUAGCCGAAUUUGAGUUAGCGUGCCAGGAAUGGAAACGAACCCUGGUCGGCACCAUACGCAGCCUUGGGUAUAUGCUGGGGCUCCUCGUAAUUGGUCCUCUAUCAGAUAGACUUGGAAGAAAGAAGGCGCUCGUCCUGACUGGAGUUACGGGAGGAGUCCUUGGCGUGGCAAAGAGUUUCUCCCCGUGGUACUGGCUGUACAUAUUCCUUGAAUUCAUCGAGUCGGCUGUAGGCGACAUCUGUUCACCUAUUUUUGUACUCAGUAUAGAAUUUGUCGCCACGAAGAAACGCGUUCCAUACAGCAUUCUAUGCGGUUUGGGAUACUGUUUAGGAGGCGUGCUUCUCCCAUUAGCAGCAUGGGGAAUAGGCUACUGGCGAAAUGUUUUAAGAGUCAUCUAUGCACCAGCUCUGCUGUUCCUUUUGUAUAUUUACGUAAUAGAUGAAAGCCCUCGAUGGCUUCUCACGAAAGGAAAAAAAGAGAAGGCAAUAGAAAUCCUUCAGAAAGCAGCAGAUAAGAACAAAUUAGAAAUAAACAAAGGAGUUCUAGAAAACCUCUAUUGCGAAGAAGAUAAAGGAAUCGGUUUUAUAAAUCUGCUGAAAAUAACAUUUGGAUCGAGGACUUUAUUGUGUAGGUGCUUAAUAUGCAUAGUAUGGUGGAGUAGUUCCACCUUCGUGAACUAUGGUAUGAUGAUCAAUUCUGUGUCUUUGCAAGGAAACAAAUACAUUAACUACGCACUGCUAUCGCUCGUUGAUGUGCCAGCAUGUUUCAUAGUGAUGUACAUACUGAUCUAUUUCAAAAGGAAAAUUCCUCUCAUUGUCAGUUUUAUUUUGGGAGCAAUUCUGUGUUUGGUGCAGCCAUUCUUGCCAGAUUAUCUAGCGUGGCUCUCCGUUGUGGUCUACAUGUUGGGGAAGCUGAUGUCUUCCAUAUACUUCAACAUCACGUAUAUUUACACGUCCGAGUUAUUCCCGACAUAUACAAGAAACUCUAUGCACGCGCUGUGCUCCUCUUUAGGGAGAAUAGGAUCUAUAUUAGCGCCGCAGACUCCGUUAUUGAUGGUCUACUGGACUGGUCUUCCUGCACUGGUCUUCGGCGCCGCAGCGUUAGUGGGAGGAGCUGUCACCUUCCUAGUACCUGAAACAGGAAACGAACCGUUACCAGAUACAGUGAAAGAAGCCGAAAUUGUGGGCCAGAGUGGAAAAAAGAUGGCCGAUCAAUCUUGAUGAAGAGAGAGAAGGCUGUGAAUGAACAACGAUAUUGUACCGUUUUACUUCCAAAUAUACAGGGAUAUUUUUGUAGCAAUAAAAUUUUUACACUUUUUGUUAUAAGUGUUACUAAUUGUUAUUAAGAGUAGAUAUGUUAUAAAAAGUACCUGUCUAAAUGAGCACAUAAAAAAUUAUGCCCGUCUCUCGUCAAGUAAAAUUGAACUAUAAUAUUCGUUGAAGUAUAUAGGUAUUUAAUAUAAUAAUAAUUAUGCGAUAAGGAUUUAUAUACUUUAACGAAGUACUGCAAUAUUUGGUAAUAAAUAUUUAAAGCAAGAGAAUUGGGAAAUUAGCGAAAAAAUGUCACGUAGGUGUAACAGACCUCUGUCAGUAUGAUGCUCUAGGUAGGAAAUUUAUCGACUAUAUCUUUCUAAAGACAGUAUACUGCGGAGUGCUGUAUCUUUUUAUAUUGUGUUUUAUAUACUUUCGAGUACUAUAUUCUACAGUUACUACAUUUAAAUACUUAAUAUAAGAAUAUGUGGAAUUAUUUUAAUUUCGUCACGUAACAAGGUUAAAAUAAAUAAAUUAUUCAAUUAUUCUAAUUCUUUUUAUACUCCAGUAACUAUUUUGUGAGUCUGUUAUCAUUGUGGAACUAAUUAUAUAAUUUAUAUCAUGAAUAA